UUAAUCGUCCUUCCUGAUUCCGUUUAAAUACGCCGACGGUUACACAUGCAACGUAGGCUCAAGCGAGAGCUGCUGCUGCAAGUGCAAACAAAAAAAAUGGACCCACCAACGGACGAGCUGGUGCGUUUCGAGUCGUUUAUCCGUGUGCCGGAAAUUUUCUUCGCCAUGAUCGGUGUGGCACGGUACGGUGAGCCGAAGCGAACGCUUCGGGCGUACCUGAAGCAUCUGCUCUUCUGGUCGUCGUGCAUCAAUACCGGCUUCUGUCUCGUGAUCGAGCAUAUCUACUUCGUGAAGGCGGCCGGUAACUUUACCAACUUUCUGCAGCUAACCGCACUGGCACCGUGCAUGGGCUUUACCGCGCUGUCGUUCGUGAAGAUCAUGACGAUCAAGCUGAACGAGACGAAGCUGACCGAUAUGCUGCACCGGCUGGAUGCGCUCUUCCCGAGCACGGUCGCACUGCAGCAGCGGUACGGUGUGUACCAGUACAACCGUGAAUCGCAGGUCGUGAUGAAAUCGUUCUCGAUCCUGUACAUGAUCCUGAUCUGGAUGUUUAACCUGCUGCCGCUGGUGUCGAUGGUGGCGGGAUACGUUAGCGACGGCACGUGGCACAAGCAGCUGCCGUACUUUAUGUGGUACUGGUACGAUUGGCACCGGCCCGGCUACUUCGCGGUGACGUUUCUGCACCAGAACUGGGGCGGGUUCGUGUCGGCCGUGUUCUAUCUCUCGACCGAUCUGAUGUUCUGCGCGAUCGUGCUGCUGCUCUGUCUGCAGUUUGACAUCGUGGCGUACCGGUUGAGCCACGCACUGCCCGAUGACCACCAGGAGCUGGUCGGGUGUGUGCGCAUCCAUCAGGCGGUGAUCGAGCUGUGCAAUGAGCUGGAGCACAUGUUUUCCCCCUCGCUGCUGGUCAACUUUCUCAGCAGCUCCGUCAUCAUCUGUUUGGUCGGGUUUCAGGCGACGGCUGGGAUUACGCCGGCGGAUCUGUUCAAGUUUGUGCUGUUUCUCGUCUCGUCGCUGGUGCAGGUCUUUCUGCUGUGUUACUAUGGUAACAAGCUCAUCGUUGCGAGCUCGCAAAUUCCCUACAGCGCUUUCGAGGGGAACUGGAUCGGGGCGUCCGUUUCUUACCAGCGAUCGCUGCUGUUCGUGAUGUUACGUUCCACCACCGUGCAGAAGCUGACUGCGCUGAAAUUCUCCAUCGUUUCCCUGGCGAGCUAUUCGAAGAUACUAAGCACCUCGUUCUCGUACUUUACGCUACUGAAAGCUAUGUACGAACCUAACGAGAAGAAAAUGAAGUGAACCGUUACUUACAUCGCAUCUAGUAGUCAUCGUUUCUGCUGCAAACGAAUAGAUUUCAAGCGAAAAUACAAACCACCGGUAACAUACAAACCGAAAAUCAUCAUGUUAGCAAACCAGCCGAAAGGGAACAUCUUCAACAGCACAAACGAAAAUAUUUCGGAGUUUCAUCUCCUCCAUCUCCUUAAACCUACGCACACACACAAACACUAGAGAACACGAGUUUAGAUUUAAAGAGAUAAUCUUUAAAUUUUAUUAUUUCCUUAACGCUGAUCCAAUAUCCAGCCGUGGGAUGUUAUAAAGUAAAUAUUCCGCGCGCUCCUUCGAUACGUGUAGCCCGAAACAAUGGCCGGGGGUGGUGGUAGCACUUUGUUUACACGCGCGCGUACGCACUCACACUCACACCUUCUUCCUCACCCGAAUUCCAACCAACUUAGAACUUCAUACGGUGCGGGAACAUGUUGGUGCGCAGCGAGAACAUCGACUUCAGGUAGCGCUGAAUCAGCUUGCCCUCCGGGUGGGCCUUGAUGGCGGCCAUCACCGCGGUGUCGACCGUCUUCUGGUCCGCCUUGCGCUGCUCCGUCGGCACGUACUUGAACUCCUUGCGCGCGAAGAUGUCCCGCUCGGUGCGCGAGUCCUUCUUCGGGUGGACGCGUCGGAAGUAGCGAUCGUCGAUGUGCUCCGGCACCUUCACGCCCCGCAGGUUGACGCGCGUCGUGGUGGCGAUGACGUAGUUCUGCGCGAUACGGCGCAUCGGGCAGGAGUUGAGCUGGAACGGACCGGUCACCAGGAGCAGUCCGGUCUUGAGGGUCUUCAGCAGCACCACUCGCUUUCCCUUAUGACGGCCGGCGAGCAGGAUCAGCACCUUGCCGGGCUUCAGCGACUUGCGGAUGUUGCGCUUGUGGUUGCGGAAGCACCUCUUGGCCGGGCGCUUGUGGGCGAAGCGCUUCGUCGGCAGGUUGGCCUUGUUCUUGCGCAGCAGCACCGUACGCUCGCCGCCGUUCUUCGCACCGCCAAUCUUCUUCACGAUGGUGACGGGCUUCUUCGGCUUCACCUUCGCCGGAUCUACCGUCUUGGCGGAGAGGGGCAGACGCGUCUUGACCAUCCGGGAGCGCACCGCACGGUACAGUCCGGCCGUUAGCAGGCUGGCCGGGUACUUGCUGACCUUCUGCACCUUUUUCGGUGCCUUUCGGACCUUCUUAACAGCCUUGGCCGGAGCGGCGGCCUUCGUUUCCUUUGGGGCCAUCCUGAAACACGUGUAAAUAAGUGAAACACACUCCUAGAAAA